GCGCGACGCCGGAGCCGGAGCAGACGUCACACACGUCACAUCACGGCAACGCUACGCUGCUAGUGCGAGCAGGAGCUAGCGGGGGGGGGAGGGCACACCGAUAUCCGAGAUCGCUCUCACGCGGUCACGACACCGUCCGUACUCCGUACUCCGUAGUCCGUACGCGCAGUGCCGCGCACUCCCGCCGUAGGCCACCAGACGAACACGGGUUUGCUGCGCGGCUGCAGCUCCCGUGAUUGCAAAGUUUAACAAGCGCGCCGAAAUCCUCGGGGGGACCACUGAUCGCGCUUGGAAUCUCGUCCCACCGAUGAGCGAGCGGCCGAGGCGCGAACGCGCUUCCAUCGAGGGUGCCGCGCGGCCGUCGCGGCGAGACAGGCCGCGGCCCAGGCUCUAAAUUCAAAGACGGAGCGGAUAGAGGAAUGACGCUAGAAAAUCCGUUCUUUGUCGUCAAGGACGAGGUGUGCAAGGCGUUGAAUAAGAAUCGCGGCUUGUACGGGCGUUGGAGCGAGCUGCAGAAUGUCGCGAUCACGUCGCCGACCGGCAGUAUGCCGCUGAGCGGAUCGGCCACAGCGAUCUCGCGUACAGAUGAACUCGAUUGGACCACCACUGAGCUGCGGAAGGCGCUUCGUUCCAUUGAAUGGGACCUCGACGAUCUCGAGGACACUAUCUGUAUUGUUGAGAAAAAUCCAACAAAGUUCAAGAUUGACAACAAGGAGUUGACAGUUCAACGGAGCUUCAUCGAGCAGGCACGAGAAGAAGUCAAGAUCAUGAAGGACAAACUGAACUUAAGCAGAUGCCGGGAUCGCGACAGCACGGCAAGACAGCCACUUUUGGACAACAGCCCAGCAAGAGUGCCGGCCAAUCAUGGCACUACUAAAUACAGCAAACUAGAAAACGAAAUAGAUAGUCCAAACAGACAGUUUUUCAGUGAUACGAUGCAGCAGCAGAAUGCUAUGAUAAGGCAGCAGGACGAACAGUUAGACAUGAUUGGAGAAACAGUUGGUACAUUAAAAACAGUAUCCAGGCAAAUCAACAGUGAACUGGAUGAACAAGCUGUGAUGUUGGAUGAAUUUGGGAAUGAAUUAGAGACGACGGACUCCAAGUUGGACGCUACUAUGAAGAAGAUGGCCAAAGUGCUGCACAUGAGUAAUGAUCGGGGACAAUGGGUAGCCAUUGGAGUGUUGACUGCUAUAUUGGUGUUUUUAAUCAUUUUAUUCAUAAUUAAAUGAAUCAUCUCUCGUCUCUUCCAGCUUCUUCCCUCUUUUUUCCUUUCCUAUGAUAAAGAUUUCUUUUGUAGCUUUAAGUGUAAUCUAAGUCCGUUUGACCUAUUACUGAUAGUGAAAUUUUAUGAAUAUUAGAAAUAAAUACAGAGUUAUAAUAAUUUAUAAUGGUCUUCUCUUAAAUGUCAUUCACCAGUAAUAAAUGCAAUAGUAUUUUCUAUAAUUGCCUAUAUAAACUAAUUAAG